UUGUCAUUACAGCGUAUUGAGUGUAGAUUGAUGAAGGGAGUUUUAGGGUAAGGCGGCAACAAAACAAAAUUUGAAAAAGUUGUGCUCUUAGUGGCCACAGUGAAAGAGGCCACUAAGAGCACAGCAAGAAGCACAACUGAAUAAAGUUACCCUGUACAACAGAGUCAACAAAAAAAACAAAACAAGCCACAACCAAUGUAUAAGGCUCCAUCUCGCUAAAGCCAGACCAGUUUUUGGCUCCACGGUCGGACGGGGAAAGAAAUUCAGCCUGGGACUUAUCCUUUAGGACCGGCCUCACGAUAGUCCGCCAUGACCGGUCUUCCUGUAUCCGUCUCAUCUCCUUCUUUGGCAGAGGCCUUUUCAGAUGCAGUGGAGGAAAUUCUUGAAGGUCGCUUUCACCUGAAACACUGCACUGUGCCAUCUCACCUGUGGGCGGUCCCACGCUCACAUGCACUCACGCGCACAUGUACAUGCAUUGAUGUGCACGCUCUGCCAGACCGCCUACCAAAACAUAAAACAGAGAAACUCAGAUUACAACACAUAGAGAGGGGUGUGACCUCUGCUCAGGACACCAUUACUCCACUAUAUAACACACAAGAUAGUUAUUUUCUGCUACAUUAUUGUUUAAAAUCUCACAUACAAAACUUUUAAAUAGUAGGAAGAGCACAUCCUUAAAUGUAAAAAUGUACAGCAUGCAAUGGUAAAUGGUCAGGAAAAAAAAGGAGCAAACCCAUUGUUACGGUCCUUUAACAAUUAAAACAGGGGAAUUAAUUGUUAUUUUUAUGUUUUAAUGAUGGAGCUAAUAAGUAGCCUACUACAAGAUUUAACCCUCAAAGCUAUCAAACACAAAAUAGCACCACCAUAAUUGUGAAUGCAAAAAAAAAAGUUAGUCUCCACCCUUGGAAAGUGAUUUAUUACACACAAAAGUGAGUGACAGCGUGACUUCACCACAUCACUUUUAACACCAGAGCUUUCAUGAUCUCCACCCACUAAACGUCACACCUCUGGGGCUCAGCUGUCAAAGGCAAUUCCGCCUGUGUUUCACUGUGUUAGAUCUCCCGAACAGAGAGCAGAGUCGCAAUUACGGCAGCACGUGAAGGCAGCACUGCGCAGGUGGGGGGGAAAAAAAGCCCAUGACAUUAUUUAGCCUUUUGCCUUUGGCUUAGCAUGUGUUUCCCAGAGUAGUUUUUUUUUUUUUUUUUUAUCUUCAACUUUGAGGAGACUCCGAGUUUUUUUUUCUUUAUAUACUUAUUUUAAUUCCGUAGUGAGUGGCCCGGUGUCACACAUGGCUCCCCAGGCGGUCUGGCUCCUGGUCGCGCUGUCCGGUGUUCUGAAUGUGCGCUCCUGCUGGGCUUAUACCUGUCCGGCCAUCUGCCGCUGCAGCGCCGACACUUUUCAGUGCAGCAGAGACACUCAGCUGGCCUCUCGGGCAGGGACAACAUCCGUGUCUCGACUAAGGCUCACUCAUCUUCCCUUGAAAGAAGUCCCCACUCAUGCCUUCAAGGAGCUGAUCAACAUCACAAUAAUUGAGAUUUCCCAGAGCGACUGCAUCACACAGAUACAGAGACAUGCCUUCCUCUCCCUCCACAGCCUGGCGCAAAUUUCCGUGCAGAAUAUCAACAGUCUGAGGGCUAUUGAAAAAGGGGCCUUCACCGACCUGCCCAGACUGGAAUAUUUGAGCAUCACUAACACAGGAAUGGUAAACUUCCCAGACUUCACAACUAUCUCUUCCUUGGCACCAAAUGUUAUCCUAGAAAUGGCAGACAACAUGAGGAUCGACUUCAUUCCUGCCAAUUCUUUCCAGGGUAUCGCAGAGGAGUUUGUUGACAUGAACCUCUUUAGAAACGGCUUCAAGGAAAUUAAAUCUCAUGCAUUCAAUGGAACCAAGCUCAACACACUAAUUUUGAGAGACAACAAGUAUCUCAGUUACAUUCAAGAAGAUGCUUUUGAAGGAGCCACAGGUCCGAGUUCUCUGGAUGUUUCCUCCACAGCUCUGAGUUCCCUCCCACCUAAAGGGUUGAGGCAGGUGCGGUUCCUGAAAGCCAGCUCUGCCUUUGCUCUGAAGAGCCUCCCUCCUCUGGAAAGCCUGGCUGAACUGGUGGAAGCCGAGCUCACGUACCCCAGCCACUGCUGUGCCUUCCACACGUGGCGUCGAAAACAAAGGGAAAGUGCCUUAAAGAACUUCACAAAGUUUUGUGAUCUCAGCGAAACAGAAACAGAGCCCAGUGCAGACAGCCUGAAUCUUAUUGAUGACAUCAACUUUCAGUACCCAGACCUGGAAUUUGAUUGUCUUAAAAGCCCCUUCGUCAAGUGCACCCCAGAGCCAGAUGCUUUUAACCCCUGUGAGGACCUGCUGGGCUUUCCCUUCCUGCGCUGUCUCACCUGGAUAAUUACAGCUUUCGCUGUAACCGGUAACCUGGCUGUUCUGGUUAUCCUGCUCAUAAGCCACCAUAAGCUAACCAUCUCCAGAUUCCUCAUGUGUAACCUUGCUUUUGCUGACCUGUGCAUGGGGCUCUACCUGAUGCUCAUUGCCUUCAUGGACCACUACUCCCGUCACGAGUACUACAACCACGCCACGGACUGGCAGACUGGGCCCGGGUGUGGCAUAGCAGGGUUUUUGACAGUGUUUGCCAGUGAGCUAUCAGUUUACACACUGACUGUGAUUAGCCUUGAACGCUGGCACACCAUCACCAAUGCCAUGCAUGUCAACAAGAGACUGCGGAUGCACCAUGUGGCAGCCAUCAUGGGGGCAGGCUGGGGCUUCUCUCUGCUGGUUGCCCUGCUCCCUCUUGUGGGGGUCAGCAGUUACAGCAAAGUGAGCAUCUGUCUGCCCAUGGACAUCAACACACUGGGCUCCCAGGUUUACGUGGUGGCUGUGCUCAUUCUCAAUGUUGUCGCUUUCAUUGUGGUCUGUUACUGUUACAUAUGCAUUUACCUGAGUGUUCACAACCCAGAGCACUCCACUCGUCAUGGAGACACCAAGCUUGCCAAACGCAUGGCUGUGCUCAUUUUCACUGACUUUAUAUGUAUGGCGCCAAUUUCCUUCUUCGCCAUCUCUGCAGCCCUGCGUAUGCCCCUCAUAACUGUGUCUCACUCAAAGAUCCUACUCAUCCUUUUCUAUCCCAUCAACUCCCUCUGCAACCCUUUCUUGUACACCAUCUUCACCAGGGCUUUCAGGAAGGAUGUGUGUGUGCUGCUGAGUCGCUGCAGCAGCUGCCACGCCAACGCCGACUUCUACAGGUCACAGAUUCUGGCUUCACACCUCACCUGUACCCAAAAAAAGUCCCCAGAAAACCUCACUCGCUUAGCUUCUAUACCCAUCACAUUAAGAGGAAAGGUUGCUUUCUAAACAAGGGAACUACAUGACCAUCAAUGUAUAGAAUGUUACUAGGAACAUAUUGGCAGCAUCUGCUGUCUUGCAAAAAAUGUGGCAUUUCUUCAAAAAUUUAGGUCAGGGUGACGAGAUUGUCAGUCUUGUACGUGGUCCAGGUUAUAUUACAAAAUGAGAAUUUCAUCAGUCAGGACCAAGAGACCUAAAAUUGAAGACAACAGGUGCUGCAUCCU